GUACUCAUAUGACAGUGGUACCAGCUUUGUCUCUGGUUUAAGCAGGUGAGCUCUUCAAACCCAGGCCAUGGGAAAGUAUGAAGCCUGAACGCAGAACAAUAGCCACAAGACAGUGGAACAGGAGUACCGUGGCCUACCACACUAGGUCUACAGCCAAGAAGAAGAGGGUGUCUGUGAGGAGGAUGAGCACACCAUCCUUCCAGAAGCGGAAGAGGAAGAGGCCUUCUCCCCAGUCCCUGGGGAACAUUGUGGGGUGCAGAAUUUCACACGGAUGGAAGGAAGGUGAUGAGCCCGUCACCCAAUGGAAGGCCAUAGUUCUAGAUCAACUGCCAACAAAUCCCUCUCUCUAUCUGGUCAAGUAUGAUGGAGUUGAUUGUGUCUAUGGACUGGCACUUCACAGUGAUGAGAGGAUUUUAAAGCUUAAGGUCUUGACUCACAAAGUUGUGUUUCCUCAAGUGAAAGACGCCCAUCUCGCAAGUGCCAUGGUUGGCCGUGCUGUGGAGCAUAAAUUUGAGGGCAAACAUGGCUCUAAGGACAACUGGAGGGGGGUGGUCCUAGCCCAGGUGCCAAUCAUGAAGGACUGGUUUUACAUCACCUAUGAGAAAGAUCCAGUCCUAUAUAUCUAUCAACUCCUGGAUGAUUACACAGAAGGUAAUCUCCGUAUCAUUCCAGAGAUUUCGCCAGCAGAGGUGAAGUCAGAAGUUGGCAGCGACAUCUUAACAGGUCAAUGUGUGCAAUUCACCAGAAGUGACGGGUCCAAAAAGAUCGGCAAAGUCAUUUACCAAGUUCUAGCCAAGCCUUCCGUGUACUUCAUCAAGUUUGAUGGCGACGUCCACAUCUAUGUCUAUAAUCUGAUGGAAAAGAUCCGUUAAGAUACCCAAUGGCCUUUGACAACCCCAGUAUCUUUUCCAGUGGAAUUUGUUUUUGCUCUAAAAAUUAAAAUGUGUGAUGUGA